GCAACCCCAUUGGCAAUGGCGCUGCCGGCGCAGGUCGCCGCCUCGCGUCUCCUCCUCCCUCCCUCGCGCCGGCUCACGUCGGCUCCGAGUCCGGCGCCUCCUCUCCUCCGCUCUGGCCCUGGCCCCGGCUCCUGCCGGUGGACGCGGCGGGCGAGCGUGCGGGUCCGCGCGGGCGCCGGCGGCGGAGGCGGGCGAAGGAGGGAGUCCCCGCACGAGGUGCUCGGCGUGGCGCCGUCGGCGUCGCCCGCGGAGAUCAAGCGCGCGUACCGGCGCCUCGCGCUCAAGUACCACCCGGACGUCAACAAGGAGGCGGAUGCUCAGGCGAAGUUCCUGAGGAUCAAGCACGCCUACAACACGCUGAUGAACUCGGAGAUCCAAUCCAAGCACGCCGAGGCAGAAGAGGAGUUCGAUUGGCUCGCGGCUAUCAUUGAAAGCAUGGAAGCAUUUCAGUUUCAGGACUCGGAUGAUGAGCUGGAUUUCGACUGGAGACCUGAAGGCCUGUGGGAACAUGUGUUUGCGUAUUCUCUAAUUAUAUCCAUGCUUAUCUACGUUCUCAUAUAAUGCACUUAGUGAUGUUUGUUAUAUAUAUACUUGGAUGUUCUCACACUUCUAAGGAUAUGUGCAUUUGCGUCUCGAAAGCAAAUCUUAAAAAAUGCACACAA